AUGCUAUUGCUGUGGCAGGUGGCCAAUUCAUACGAUCAAAAGCCAUACCACCGGAUAAUGAUGCAAACAUGGGGAGCAAAGGUUCAUCCAUCACCAUCUGAUCUCACUGAGGCAGGUAGAAAAAUCCUUGAAUCCGACCCAACAAGUCCGGGAAUUUUAGGCAUUGCCAUCUCAGAAGUUGUUGAAGUUGCAGCAAGAAACGAGGACACAAAAUACUGUUUAGGAAGUGUAUUGAACCAUGUGUUAUUACACCAGACUGUUAUUGGAGAAGAAUGCAUAAAGCAGAUGGAAGAUUUAAGCGAAACGCCUGAUCUGAUCAUAGAAUGUACUGGUGGAGGAUCAAAUUUUGCUGGUUUGAGUUUUCCUUUUAUCCGUGAGAAACUCAAAGGCAAUAUCAGCCCUGUUAUAAGAGCUGUUGAGACCUCUGCUUGUCCUUCCUUGACUAAAGGAGUUUAUGCUUAUGAUUUUGGAGAUACAGCUAGAUUUACUCCUUUGAUGCAGAUGCAUACUUUAGGACAUGACUUCAUUCCUGAUCCUAUCCAUGCCAGUGGAUUACGGUACCAUGGGAUGGUACCCUUGAUCUCACAUUUUUAUGAUCAAGGUUUCAUGGAAGCAAUCUCAAUUCCGCAAGUCGAAUGUUUCCAAGGUGCCAUUCAGUUUGCAAGAGCAGAAGGGAUAAUACCAGCGCCGGAACCAACUCAUGCCAUUGCAGCAACAAUAAGAGAAGCUCUCUGA